AUGGGCUUUUUCCUGAUUGAAGAUCGAGGAACGAGAAAUGUGGCUCUUAUGGGAAUGACUUUUGCUCUUCAUUUUUUCGCUUACAUGUCUUUGGGUCAGUAUUUUGUUAGCUCUCGAGGAAUGUAGGAAUAGGCAUUCUUCUUGGUUGCAAUUAGAAUGGCUAUAGCCACUUGAACCGAAUGAAGGGAAGGUUCUGAAGCGAAAAAAGGCCUACACGCAGCUUUUUUCAGAGCCAAGGCAGCUGUGAUCAAACUGUAAACAUACCAAAUACGGGCGGCGCCUUUUUGAAUUUAAAAAAAACUUUCAGAAUUCCGACCUUUCACAGUUCAAAAAAUUGAGCUUUUCAAACAAAUGAGGCCUCAAAAAUCUCAAGGACUUUUUUCACGGCAACGAAAAAACAUUAUCACCAGAAAAUUCUCAACAAGAAGUCAAAUUACCUUCUUUGUGGGGAUUGAUAAACAUGACAAGCGCAAGUCGUUUGAAGGUCGGCCGCACUUUGACGCAUUUAGCCAUUCCCCGUUCGACCGAUUGACCUUCAAAAUUUCAGAAUUCAUCCAAGAGCCUUUAAUCGAAAGUGUCCAUAAGAACGGCGGAGAUAUCAGUGAACACGCUGGUUAUGAAAGGUUUUUUUUUUUAAAUUCUUCCUCUUCAUAUAAUUUUUAUCAGUUUUGCUAUCACCUACCUGGUUUUCACCUUGUCAUGUUUGAUAAUUGCGCCGGUGGUUAAUUGGCUCACGCCGAAGUGGGCGAUAGCCCUCGGACUCGUUUUCAAUCAGAUUUUCAUGGUUGGUUGUUAUUUUCAUUUAUUUUGAAUAUUUUUCUACGAAUUGAAAGAUGAUGAUAACAUGCUUAAUUUUCUUUGAGUCGGAGCACAUAUAUUUAUUAUUUUCGAAUCGUAAGUCGUCUUGAGUCGGGCGCACCUCAAAACGAUCGAUCGUUUAUUUUAUUUAACUAAAAUUUUUUCCUUCAAAAUUCAAAAAAUCUUUAUGAGGGAUCAAAAAUGAAGCUCCUACGCAGCGUUUAGCAGCUUCUUUCAAUGCGUUGCCGGCACAGCGUGCAACCCGUUUUUAGAUGGGUCAAAAUUUUUUUUUUACCUUUCGCGACUUCGACGAGCCAUUCCAAAUGCGUCCAAUGUUUUUCAACAUGCCGAUUUAUGAAUAAAAUUUUUUUACAGGCAAGUUUCAUCAAUUUAAACAAGUACUUUUUCCUAUCUGCCAGUGCCCUGUUGGGCCUUGGAGCUUCUUGUAAGUUCACUUUUUGUUUCUUUCUCAACGGAAAAAUAUGACUUUCAGUCGUCUGGGUUGGCCAUGGAGCGUAUUUGGCGCAGAAUUGUACGCCGAAAAAUAUUGAACGAAAUAGUUCAAUUCUAUGGAUCAUUUUUAAGACAUCGUGAGCAUAGAUAAAUUAAUUAAAGUGCGUUUUUCUUUAAAUUUCAGGCUCGUGGCAGGAGGAAUUUACUUGUAUUUCAUGUUUAGAGAAAGAACCGUUGAUGAUAUCAUUAAGGAUGGAUCGGUAUAUUAAUUUUUUUCCUUAUUUGAAAUUUUUUUAAGAUAACAACGUUGGUCGGAAUUUUUAUUUCGAUUUCUUUACUGGGUACUCUGAAUACUGUAUUAUUGCCGCGACCAGAAUACAAGGAUCCCAGUGAAGGAAUGACUUUGAGCGAGAACUUGGGUGAGUGAAAAUGGCCGCGACAAGAUCGCUCUAAGGAAAAAUUGACGAAAAAGAUAUAUUUUUCACAACUUUGUUAGAUUCUAUUAUUUUCAUUUUGAGCGAUCUAAAUAAUGUCUUUUCGGUCUAAGAAUAGCCGCAAAAAAGUGAGUUCUAUUGAGAAAAUAGGAUAAAAAGGUUUUUCAUGCUGAUAAACUGGAAAGCACAAAGUUAUCAAUAGAGCAAACUAUUUUCAACUUUUCAGCUUUCACCUGGAAAUUGAUAGCGACCAAGAAAAUGUGCCUACUAGCUGUAUUAUUUAUCUACGCCGGAAUAUCGAGAUCUUUCUGGAUUUGUGAGCUUUUUUUUUGAAUCAAUUGUUCAAUAGAAAAAUUACAGCUGUAUAUCCAGCUUGUAUCAAAUUUACAAGUUCUCUGGGAGGGAACACGACAAAAUUGCUGGCUUUUAGCGCGAUUGCUACUGGAAUUGGACAGAUUGGAGGUCUUUUUCUCAUAUCAAAAUAAGACUUGAGGAAACUGGUUUUGAUAAAUUUUUUUGAGGUUCCGAAAAUCCUGCAAUAAAGUCCCGAUCAGCAAAACUUGAUCACCUGCUUUUCAGCCGGCUUCGUUCUGUCUGUACUUGGAAGACGUGCACGAGUGAUCGGGAAAGAUAUGAUAAUUUUGGCGGCCGCCCUGCUUCAUUUCCUCUCUUUCAUCGCAAUAAUACUGAUUUUUCCCAACGACGCUCCACUGCACACGACGACGGGCGUCAGCGGGUUUUUUGCGCCUAGGUUUCAAUACUCAAAAUUUGAAAAGAAAAUUUUUUUGAUUUUAAGUCCAGUAAUCGCUUUAAUUUGCUCGGGAACUCUCGGUUUUGGGGACGCCAUUAUUCAGACGCAAAUCUACACGUUUCUGAUCGAUGAAUACCCCAGCCAGAGUACAUUUGCCUUCGCCAUCUUCAAAUUCUACAGUGUAAGUCUCGAAAUUCAUUCAACACGCUUCAUUUUCUAGGCCGCAUCGACUUCCGCGGCGUUUUUCUACGCGAAAACGUUCACGCUGUUGUGGCACAUCAUUGUACUGACGUUCACCGCCUUCGCCGCCGCUUUUUGCGCAUUUUACCUUCAGAGGCACUUCAAAAAUAAUUCUAACCACGCCAGUCAAGACAAUAGUUAGUGUUUUCACUUGCAAAACCUGAAAAAGUGAAAUUUUAGGUCUCGAAACGAAGCAGAACGAGGGAGAAGUUGCGAUGGAAGUUAAGAAACAUUCAAUAAUUAUCGAUGGCGUUAACUCUUAG